AUGCCCAGCCUCUGGAUGCAUCAUUUCUGGUUCAAGAUUCGGAAUUCUUGGCUUGAGAAAGAAGAGGGCAACGAGGACCAACACGGAUUGCUACCGAGAGCUGAGUGUAGAAGAGAGCUAUCAUCUGCUGCUAUACUUGAUUCACGAAGCUCAGGAGAGCAGGGUGUGAGAACGGCCAAUACCUUGACCAUCAUGGUCAAUCGACCCGACGAAAUGAAACACGGAAAGCCUGGUGAAAGCCCGACCAGAGAAUUUUCAUAG